AUGGACCCAAUUGUCGGGUACCUAGAUGGUGCCGAUAUCGGUGUCAUCGUCUCCUACUUCGUUAUCAUCUUUGCUGUCGGUAUAUGGUCUUCGUUGAGAAACCGGGGUUCUGUCGGUGGCUACUUCUUGGCCGGUCGUUCCAUGCACUGGAUCCCAGUUGGUGCCUCAUUGUUUGCCAGUAACAUAGGCUCUGGACAUUUCAUUGGUCUUGCUGGUUCCGGGGCAUCUUCUGGUAUUGCCAAGGCUGUCUUCGAGUACAAUGCGGCUUUCACUCUGGGUCUUCUUGGCUGGCUCUUCUUGCCUGUCUACAUUGCAUCUGGU